UUAGCCCAUUGCCGCUAGGCGGGAAGGUUUGUUGGAUGAGAACACUAUAUCCGGCGGGCUACCCCAACUGAUUAUUAGGGUAUCGUGCUACGAUUUCCAACUCCCGCGAUCGUCUCUCUAGAGUAGAAAGGUAGGUAUUCUCGCCCCACCUUCUCCGUUGUACCCAACCCCAACCCGACGACUUGACGGACGCAUCACAUGGUUCACAUGGUUAGUAGAUCUCUAACUCUUCACGGAACAUGGCUCAUCACGAUCUGAAGCGCGCAGAAUAACGGAUCUAGGUUAUGCGUGCGCUCCAUUUCAUCUGCGAAUCAAGUCUCUGCAUUGAUCGUCGAAGAGCACUGGGCAUCAUUUCAUAUAUUCAUCCCCAAUUCCCCGACGGUCCCGACCCGACCCAACAUCUCCCUCCUUAUCGGGUAGACGCGCUCAAGGAUUCUUUGAUUUUCAUCAACAUUCCACGGCAACAUGAAGCAGAAUGACUUGCCAUCUCUUCUCUUGCUCCCCUUCCCUCCUGAUCCUCUGACCCGCGCUUCACUCAGUGCCGCCUACCAGCCAUCGCUGACGGCUGCCCUUGAGCGGGUGAAGCGUCCGACGGGUGCGGCCAAACUCGUCGUUGCGGUGGCUUGCCCGGUUUUACAUGGCCAAUAUCUCCGUUCCAAAACACUCUCAUGGCCUGAAGCCCAGGCUCUGGUGGCAGGCCUCUACGGCAUCAUCUCGGUCGUGUGCGCUCAGCUGUCGAUCGGCACCGAGAUGAGUGGCGGGCCCGGCUCUGUUGACACAACAGUCAUUCUCAUCGACCAUGAACGCAACAAGCGUUAUACAGACGACUUCCGCCCGGCCAUUGAGCCCAACAACACCGUCGUCGUGGAUUUGGCCACAUUUGCUUCUGCCUACUUUCCCUGGAACUGCGUCUUUCAAGUUAGGAGCGAGCUCGGACUCCAGGUGUACCAGAUGUAUCUCAAGUUUGCCGAGGGAAAACAAACGCUCCGGCAAGAUCAGCUCAUCCCGGUGGAGGGUGGCUUAACCAUGAAUGUCAAGGGCGACCCCUCGGCAACGCCGGCGCAGACUUCCACCUACCCGGUAGUCUGCCUAGGCGGAACAUUUGAUUAUCUACACCCAGGACACAAGCUUCUACUCACAGCCGGUGCUCUCUUGCUCCAAGUUCCUCGGAGAGGUGAUCCUGCUCCGCCAUGCCAAUACAUCAUCGGGAUCACCGGCGACGAGAUGUUGCGGAACAAAAUGUUUGCCGAGUACGUCCAGCCGUGGGAGGAACGGGCAAGAAAUGUCAUAACCUUCUUGGCGCAACUUCUUGAGCUCUCAAACCGAGGUUGGAAGGACGGCGCCCAGCCGCAGAUUGAGGAGAAAGCUGGCGAUUUCAGAGCAACCUUCCGCGACGGUACGGUCCGAGUUGAGUGCGUACGGAUCCAAGACGCCUUCGGGCCAACCAUAACUGUCGAAGCAAUCGGGGCGCUGGUUGUCUCUGGCGAGACAAGGUCAGGGGGCGAGGCAGUCAACGAGAAGCGGGCCGAACGCGGAUGGCGGACACUCGACGUUUUCGAGGUUGAUGUGCUUGAUUCUGAGGAGAUCUCGGACGAGGCCACCAAGACGGAGAACUUUACCUCCAAGAUCAGCAGUACCGCCAUCAGGCAGCAGAAGGCGCAGGCAACGGCGACAACGAAGAUAUGAAUAACGAACAGGCCUUAGAGGCUACACAUGUGAUAUCUCGUAAUGAACUAACCGGUGCUGCUCUGCUCGCAUCGCUCAAAACCUGGUAGAUACCAUGUAAGCUGUCUAUUAGCUCUAUAACAUCCGGAGGACAGCAGACACCUAAUCAUUGUUUCUCGCGGUGCUUUUAGCAGUGCCAACUCGUGUAAUUGCUGUUCCCUUUCGUUCAGAUGAUCGACAAGUUUAUAAUAAGGGAUUCCUGACUCAUUAACACAAAUCCAACAACACAAGGC